CCGAUGCAGCCGAGAACCAACACCAUGGAUGUUGCGAUGAAGAAUGCGGCGGCCUUGAAGGCGCUCGACGGGAUGCUGGAGAACUCCGAGAAGCUUCCCUGGCACGUCAGCUCCCGAGAGAGGCCGCUACCGAUGCAGUAGUGGAAGAGGCCGAAGUAGCCCGCCUGCGGAGUGUCGGCACCGUCGCCGAUCCAGUACGGCUGGAUGAAGCACACCACGUUGACGAUGGCGAAGAGGAUGGUGAAGAUGGCCCACAGCACGCCGAUGGCGCGGGAGUUGCGCACGUAAUUGGUUUGGUAGAUCUUGGCCGCCUCAGAAGCGGGGAGCAUGCUGGUGCCGGUGCUCGGCGCGCCGGGUACCAUCGCGCUCCUCCUCGGCCGCCGCCUGACAGGAAAGACGCCCGCGCUCAGCGGCACAUCGACGGUUCGGAGGGCUCGAUCGGCGACUCCACCUCCUCUUUACAGCAUCACUUGACUUGACGCGAUUGAUUUAUGUAACAAAGUCAAUCAUCCAAUAGCAAAUUUGGCCCGUGAGAGCAGCUGUUUUUACUCCCUGAGAAAGAGUCCGCUGUACGCAGCCGCCGUGGAUAUUUCAGGAAUAACCCACAUCCUUUAAUCCCCGUCUGACGUUGUGCAGUGUGCGCGUGCGUUUGCGUGUCGUUGCACCUGCCACGCAAGAAUUAUCAUAACAAAAUCAUUCACACGCACAAAUUAGAUUAUUUCACGCAUCAAAAUCCGCCAAAUCCAAAUAAAAUGCUUUACCAGUUAUUUAGGCGAUGAUUAUUUCCCCCCUCUUAUUAUGUUAAUAUAUACUCGUAUAUACAUAUUACAUCGUAGUGCCGACAUCGCAUCGUUUAUUAGACUGAUAACGCCUGGUGUAAUCCAUCCCUGCUAACCGCAAGAGGGCGCCGCUGAAAACACUGAUUGAUCGCUUCGCACAUGCGCAAAGGGGAUUCAUAUGCUGCCUUCAUGGUUUGUCAUAAUUAUGGGAACUAGAACUUGUCCAGUCGAAAAUAGCACCUGAUAACCGCGUUUCCGAGAUGCGUCGACCAAUUUUGAAAAUGGUGGCGCGCGAAAAAGUCAUGAAUGGUUAGAAACUACAUUUUUUUCAAGAAGAUGUAACGCCAAUUUACAAGUCUUUUUCCCCUAAGGCCAGCAGAAAAAGGUAGUGUACACAUUUAUAAACCUAAUUUACGGACAAUAAUUUACCGUUUGUAUAGUUUUGCCCGCGCAACUAACCAAAAUGAAGUCCGUUUCGGCUUUGUUUUUGUUGAGUUUUGUGACAACAAAAUCGCAUGAACCAGACGUACUCGUGACUCAGAGGGAAUGUUCAUCUUUCCCAGCGCAUUGUAGGCAGCAAUAGAACCGUACUGACUUCACGUCGUUAACAAAACUACAUUACCCAUUAUACAUUGAAACAUGCUUUAUUGUGAUUGGUUGACACCGUCGUGUUUUUGCGACAAAGGCGCGAAACUUUGGUUGCCGAACUUUAAGCGUUUUUAUCGUCUCCUUUUUUGUUUUACAAUGUUUGUCAGUUCGUAAGUUAGUUAGCUUCCGUGAGUACGACUUCUUCGCUGUUGAAACGACUCAUUUCCUUCGUCGUUCCUCGGUUUCGUCUUCGGACUUCCAGCCGAGUUUCAAACAUUUGGCAGGUAGCUAUGCUAGCUGAGCGAAGUUAACCUGUCAGCUCGUUUCGAAUUGAGGGGGAAACAUGUCGUCGCUUCGACAAAAAGGGCAGCAUCCAGGCUACGACACGGAGAAUUUGCUAAGGAUGGCUGAACAGCUGCCAUGUCGGGAGCCUCAAGCUAUCAUGCUACUGUCGCUCAUGGGCGAGCCUCAGCUGUACAGUGUUCCUUCAGUCUUCAUUUAUGGUCAUCGAGCCUCAGGGAAAAGUCACGUGGUGAGCAUUCUGUUGAAGGAACUGGAGCUCCCCAACCUCACCGUCAGCUGCGCCGAGUGCAUCUCCGUCGCCCUGCUCUUCGAGCAAGUCCUGCUGACCUUCUUCGGAGGAGAUGCCGCCGCCGAUCUGCCUCGCUACCCGUCGCUGUCUGAUUUCGUCCGCGUAUACAGGAAGCAUCGCUCUCUCUCUGCCGCUGAACAGACGCGCUACAUUGUGUUGGAAAAAGCAGAGCUUCUGCGUGACAUGGACGCUAAUCUGAUUUCGGUUCUCGUGCGUCUUCAAGAACUGGUGGAGGACAACGUGAGUGUUUUCCUUCUCAGCGAUAUCCCGUGGGACACCUUCCGGCCAAACACGGGCUGCUUGGAGCCUAUACAGCUCCACUUCCCCGAUUAUACCAGAGCGGAGCUUCACCAAAUAUUGUCCCGGGACAGCCACCCGUCCUACUCUGCCGACUUCUACGCCUCCUACAUCCACGUCCUGUUAGGCGUCUUCUACAUAGUCUGCAGGGACCUCCGAGAGCUACGCCACCUGGCUGCGCUCAACUUUGCCAAAUUCUGUGAGCCUGUGACUGAAGGGAAAGCAACCGAAAGCGACUCGCACAAGCUGUGGAGAAACAUCGAGCCUCAUCUGAAGAAAGCCAUGCAAACGGUUUACCUAAGGGAGGUAUCCAGCCUGGAGUGGGAGAAGAAUCAGCAAGUUGAGACGCCAACCGGCCCUUUAAGAGGUUUGUCGGCUCAUACCCACGUGGAAUUGCCGUUUUACUCCAAGUUCCUGCUUAUCGCCGCUUACCUGGCGUCCUACAAUCCCGCCCGCACUGACAAGCGCUUCUUCGUCAAGCAUCACGGCAAAAUCAAGAAAAGCAAAUUCCUGAAAGGGAAUGAAAAGACGAGCAACCACCUUCUGGGACCGAAACCUUUCCCGUUGGACCGCCUGCUCGCCAUCUUUUACAGCGUGGUGGACAGCAGGGUGGCGCCCACAGCUAGCAUCUUCUCUCAGAUUUCCUCGCUGGUCACCUUGCAGCUUUUAACUCAAGUCAGUCACGCCGACCAGCUGGACGCCCCAAAAUAUAAAUGCGCCGUCUCUUUGGACUUCAUUAGCGCUAUUUCCAGGACGGUGAAUUUCGAUAUUGUCAAGUAUCUUUACGACUUCUUAUGAGGGAUUGUUUUUGUGCGGCGUGGUCAUGACAUAAUAAAUCAACUCAUUUUCACACAAAUAUUGACUCUUUU